AUGGCAUUACGAGAAGCAAAUUCGUCUCAUCAUAAUAUUAAUGAUGUUGUACGUGAAAAAUUUUACGAACUUGCAAAAAAACAUAUUGAUGCAUUAAAUCCUAAAUUUCGUAAUAAAGCUGUUAUCACUCGUGAUCAAAGCGAAAAAAUAAUCAAUGUACUUCAGAACAAGGUAUCUACUGAAAAGGUUUUCGGACGUUUUUCUCGUUGGUGCAAACAAACAUUCACGCUUCGUCUCAUCGGUGGUCAUCAAGUUUUAUGCGAUUUUAAACAAGUUAAGCCUGUUCUUUUAUAUGAGGGAUGUACGAUGUCUAUCAUUACUGCUUGA